ACCGACAACGUCGAGCACGACGACGACGAUGGCCUCGACGCUCCUCCGUCGUCAGCUCGUACGAGCUUCUCGUAUACCAAACUCAUCUUACAAUGCACCAUCUAUAUUGUCCCGACGUAAUAUCUCAAGCACGUCAUUAGUGCAAGCCGAACCAGCGUCCGACCCCAGCGCAGGAACGUUGAGCAGAGGAGCCAAAAGGGUGUUGGAGUCACAUACGGUGGAAGAUCUCCAGGGCAUGCAGGCUGCUGAGAUUUUGGCAGAGACUGGGACGAAGAAGGAUGCUCAGUUGAGGCACUUCACUGUCAACUUCGGUCCCCAGCAUCCUGCUGCUCACGGUGUGCUCCGAUUGAUUCUCGAGCUCAACGGUGAGGAGGUGCUUCGCGCGGAUCCUCAUAUCGGUCUUCUUCAUCGAGGUACCGAAAAGUUGAUUGAAUACAAGACAUACACUCAAGCGCUUCCAUACUUCGACCGAUUGGACUAUGUCUCCAUGAUGACGAACGAACUUGUAUACUCGCUUGCCGUGGAGAAACUCCUGAACAUCGAAGUCCCAGAACGCGCCAAAUGGAUUCGUACCCUCUUCGGAGAAAUCACUCGUAUCCUAAACCAUCUCAUGGCCGUUCUGACACAUGCAAUGGACGUUGGUGCCCUCACCCCCUUCCUGUGGGGUUUCGAAGAACGUGAAAAGCUCAUGGAGUUCUACGAACGUGUUUCCGGAGCUCGCAUGCAUGCUGCAUACGUCCGUCCUGGUGGUGUUGCCUUCGAUUUGCCUCAUGGUCUCCUGGACGAUAUCUUCAAAUGGUCCACUCAAUUCAGCUCGCGUGUUGAUGAGAUCGAGGAAGUUGUGACCGGAAACCGAAUUUGGAAACACAGAACGAUGGGUAUUGGUAGAGUUACUGCGAAGGAGGCUUUGGAUUGGGGUUUCAGUGGUGUUAUGUUGAGAGGAAGUGGUGUAGCUUGGGAUAUUCGAAAGGUCGCCCCAUAUGAUAAGUAUGACGAGGUCGAAUUUGACGUUCCAGUAGGCAAGAAGGGCGACUGCUACGACCGUUAUCUCUGUCGUGUCCAGGAACUCCGAGAGUCUCUUCGCAUCAUCAGCCAGUGCUUGAAUAAAAUCCCCACCGGCGCUUACAAAGUUGAUGACUACAAGAUCUCCCCACCACCACGAGCGUCGAUGAAGGAGAGUAUGGAAUCUCUCAUUCACCACUUCAAGAUUUUCAGCGAGGGCUACUCUGUUCCUCCUGGCGAGACGUAUACUGCUAUUGAGGCCCCCAAGGGAGAGAUGGGUGUCUACUUGGUUUCUGACGGCUCUAAUCGUCCAUACCGAUGCAAGAUUCGUGCUCCUGGGUUCGCUCACUUGGCUGGUGCUGAUUUCAUGAUGAGACAUGUAAGAUGUUUGACCGUUCUCGUGCUAUUUCUUGCUAACCUAGUUGACUUUGAUAGCAUUUCAUCGCCGACGUCGUCGCUAUCAUUGGUACUAUGGUGCGUCUAUGUAGCUUAUUUUGGAAGCUUACGAUAACUAAUAUAUGCCAUGCCAGGAUCUCGUGUUCGGCGAGGUCGACCGAUAAUAAUCCUAGACUUGUAGUUUACUUUCUCCUCAUCCUAUCUUUCGUCGGUGUAUUCCUCCUGCUCGAUUUUGUAAGUUGUAAGUGGCGUUGCCUUCAACCCUCAAACGAUUUGCAACGGAUGCUUGUCUUCCUUGCUCACAACAACCUCCAUGAGCAGUAAGGUCAUUGCCAGCUCCCCAUCCGUACUCUUCACUUCAGAUGCUGUACCGUGUAGCUGAGCUUUGAGUUUCUCAGCUAGCGUCGGAAGGUAUCCGCGCUCGGUGUUUGUGUGUCCGCCUACGGGUGCGGGAGGAUGAGACGCUAGCAUCAAUGAAAUGAUAUAAACUUACAGAGAACAACGUUGUGACCGGUUGCAAUGGCCGCGAGGACUUCAUGAUGAGACAUUUCUCCAGUAAAAUAGACAUCCGCCGGGGUACCAAGAAGCAUAGAACCUCCAGACCCAGCACAUAUACCGAUGGUACUGACAGAAUGAGUCUCAGGAUCUUGACCUGG